AUGUCGUAUUUGUUAGCAACAUUUAUCGCCGUGGCGCUGCUCACUUCGGAGGCCUUUGGGAAAACUGUGACGGGACUUUUUAAGAGCGAAGUAGCGAGACAGCAGAAUGGCCAGUUCAUCACUAAAUUCAUGUACCAAGGUGAUAGCGGUCUGUUCGUGUGCAGGCUGGAGAACUCUGCCCUCGCUACAGAGAAGGAGUCCAGGUUGCUGCUGUAUCAGGAUAUGGACUCAGACCUGGACAACCUCAGCUGCUCCGAGAGGCUCGCCAAAGCUCAGUUCGCCAUUUCUCUCAGUGAAGAAGAGCACAACCAGACGAUCCCUCGCCAGUCCUCACCUACAGCCUGGCAGGCCCUGUAUGCUGACAGAUACACCUGUCAGGAAAGUGCAGUGAUCCCCUCUCACCCUGAUCUCAGUUUUACCGUCCUGCUGUUGAACGCCGACUCGGCUGGGAAUCCUCUGGAGCACUUCAGCGCAGAGGAGGCAGGUCUCCAGAGCUUUUACUUCCUCCUGCUGCUGGCCUACUUCAUAGCCUGCUGCAUCUACAUCCAGCCUCUGUACCAGGCUCUGAAGAAAGGAGGCCCCAUGCACACCGUCCUCAAAGUGCUGACCACAGUGCUGGCAUUGCAGGGCUGCUCCGCCCUCUGCAACUACAUCCACUUGGCCAGAUAUUCCAGAGAUGGUAUUGGUAUUCCACUGAUGGGCAGCCUGGCAGAGUUCUGGGAUAUGGUGUCCCAGGUGUCCAUGCUGUACAUGUUGCUGAGUCUGUGUAUGGGCUGGACUCUGAGCCGAGGCAGGAAGCCUCAGUCCAGACCUCUGCAGUGGGAACAGUCUCCAGCGUCCACGGCCGUCGCUGUUGGUGGAGUCGUCACACAGGGAGCGCUGCUGCUGUGGGAGCAGUAUUCAGAAUCCGAGAGCGAGCAUCACAGCUACCAUGCCCAGCAGAGUCUGGCAGGGCUCCUCCUCAUGGCUCUGAGAGUGGUCCUGGCCCUCCUGCUGGCCUCUGUCCUCUACCAGAUCAUCUCCACCGAGAGGAGCACCCUGAAGAGAGACUUCUACCUCUCCUUCGCCAAGGGGUGCUUCCUGUGGUUCCUCUGCCACCCCGUCCUCUUCCUUAUGUCGGUUAUCUUCAACGAGCACCAGAGAGAGAAGGUGGUGACUAUAGGUGUGAUCCUGUGCCAGUCCAUCUCCAUGGUGAUCCUCUACCAGCUCUUCCUGUCUCGCUCUCUCUACUGGGAGGUCUCCUCUCUGUCCUCUGUGUCUCUGCCGCUCACCAUGUCCAGGACGAACCACAGGGGGCGCUACUGAGCACAUCCGCUGUCCCGCUUCGCCUGACCGCCACGAGCGAGGGAGAGGACGCUGAGGCUUCGCCUCCCGUAACCUCCCCCCGCAUCAGAGGAGGGAGAGCAUGAAGGAGAAGCAGAGAGGAUGCUGCAGGGACUUUUCUCUGCUGCUGGUAAUGUUUGUUGGGAGAAUAGUAAAAGCCACUAAUAAGCAAGUUAGCAGGGAGCUAUGGCAGACAGAAGAGGAAGACAUUCACAGCAACACCCUACCUCUAGUUACAACUGAGUUUUCAUUGGAAUCAACAUCAACAAACUGAGCAGCAGCAGUGGAGAGCCACCUAGAGAAGGGACAUCAGGCUUUCUCGUGGUUUCUUGUGCUCUCCACAACAUGCUGGAUUACAUGACUGACAGCCAAAACAGACCAACACAAGCAUGAUGAAGACGGACCGUCAACAGUUGAGGGUGCAUCUGCUCGCGAGGUGCACGACAAGAAUGAGAAAUGACUCACGGCAGAAACGGGCAGAUGGUACAGAAUCAGAUGGCUGCUCGGACCUUUAGGACACAACCCAACAUCAGCAUACUUGAGCUCAAGGAAGCGUCUCUGCAAGGUCACACAUGCUGACUUCGCGCUCUUGGCUUUGAUGAUCGGUCAAACUACAGAAUCAUAGGUUUGCUAUAAAGGAAAAUACAAAGCACAGGGAAGCGUUCCACCGCUGCGGCGCUGUGGUGUCAGAUAAAGGGAUGCAGGGUGGAGCGCAUCCUUAUCCUCCUCAUUAAACAAGACUUGGAUCAAAUCGCCAAAGAGAUGAAGACGGUUUCUGUCUUAAAGGAUAAGGCUGGUGUCCCAUGACAAUACAAAACCAGCAAUCAGUGAAGGGAUAAAAGAACAUCUCACCACGUGCAACAGUGUGGCUCAUAGUUUUGGAGCUCUUUGGCACAGAGGAGUAAGAUAUAUCAGGCUGUGCAUACACACACAGUACUUGGUCGUUGGUUCAAUUCAUUGUAGGUUUUGGUCUUUUAAUGUUAUUUAUUUACAAUUAGAGAAUAGAUGAAUAAAUGGGCGGAUCGUGGAUCAGUAUGUGGUAAGACUGACAUGUUUCUGUGGAUAAACUGAUGGAGUCAGAUCUGUCUCAGUAUUAAUGAAUGUGCACAGAAGGGUUCGUAUAGAGAGGACUCUCUCACACUCAUGUGAUUGGCUGAAGCAGAAGGAGCCAUCUGAUUGGCUGCGAAUAAUUGAGCCACCUCAGAGGAGACUCCCGAAACCCACACACACAGGAACGCAGUGAAGCUCGCUCAGCAUUUCCAAGCUGUUUGCAUUGAUGAUCUGACCCCACAGAGGUGGAGAGACAGUUGGAUGGCCUUUAGAGAUGGUGGACAAAUACAUGUAAAGAUGGAUAUGGUGAAUUAUGGACGGGUGGAGGGAUGGAUAAAGUUUGGACAGAUAGUUACAGCAUGUGCUCUGGUGGGCAGGUAAAUAAGUGGAUUUUCACUCAGCUGAAUCAGAAGGAUUGGCUUACUUUGUCUUUGAUGACUGUCAGCCUAAAGAUCACAGCUUGAUCUGUGAUCAUUAUCUGUUCGACUUAUUUCCUCACUGUCAACAUGAAUCUAUGAGCUGACAACCUUUGAAAUCAUAUAUCACAUAAACACACUACACGACUCAUGCUUUUUUUUUUUUAACUUUAAUUCUUCAUGCGUUGCACCAUGAGCCAAAGCACGCUACCCGGGCUCCAAAGCUUCACCGCAGUGUGAAUGGGAGUAAAGUGAAACCAAAGUGUACUAAAAAAGCUACAGUCACGGCUGCUUGUGGCUUCAGAUGAUUCCCACUGUGUAAAUACAUUUUAAUGGAAGUCAUUAUUCAGCUCUGGUCUGGGCCCUCUGUGGCUUCCUGUGAGGAAGGACCCUUCAUUAGUGUCGUAUGAACUCGCAGCGGGAACGGGCCUUUAGUUUCAUUUCACAUGGUGGGAAAUGACGAUUCACUUCACAAACUGACAGCCGACAUGGAGCGCUGACGCAUUUAUUGGUUGUGUAUUUAUUCCUGGGUAGCUGCACAUUAUAAAGACGCUAAACCAGUUACUGCACAGUUUCAUGUUUGAUUUCAUUGUUUCAUUGAACCACAUGUAUCCCGUUAAAUAGCGAUGAUUUAAUGAGAUUAGCAAGCCCUUUUGGUCUGCUACAACCUAGAAAACACUGACGAAGCCGACUGCCUGUCAGUGAAACAGGAUGCAACCAGUGGCAGGAUGUGUUUGUGUCGCUCACAUGCUCAUGCACUCUUGUAGACAUUGUAACACACAUUGCUCAGUGGCGUUACGAAUGGUCCAAAACUCCACAGAUCACUUCUUUUAUGACAUUAUACUUGAAUAUGAACCUUUGCUGGUGGUUUGAUAAUCACUAAAUGUGCAAUCUAAGCUGUUAUUUUAUGUUGGUGUGCAGUAAAGCGGUGCAUGUGUUAUCCGAGCAGUAUGUACUGUAUGUGAACUGCAAGUGGGUACAAGGGAUUACAUCCACUGUAUAUUUUAUUUGUCCCACAGUGACAAUCUCAUUCCAACUGGACAACAAUAAAAUAUGAAUACUCUGUUUGUAUCGUGUCACUCAUCAGACUGUUUGUUUGUUUGCUGUUACAUUGGCUUCAUUGUUAGAGCUUAAAUUCUAGAGUCAAAGCUGUUUUCCUUUUGAGAUCUGAUGUGAAGUUCAGUGUAACCUUGCCCCACAUCUGCACUGCCUGCUUAAAGUAACCCAGUUCAUGUUUUUUUUCUCACAGCUGACGCACAUCAGAUAUGCGUUAUGAAACCUGUGGGGAAUGUUUUAUCUGUCAGGAAGAUUCAGAUUUAAAUGUGAUCUACAGCGUGGAUUGCAAAAGGAUUGCAAUAAAAGAUGAGUG